AUGGCGUUGCAGAAAUCUGCCACGAGUACAUAUGUGAUGAUUGCCGAUGAGGAAGCCUUUCAGACUGGAGGUCCCCGUAUGUUAUAUUUGGAUGGGUUUCGAAACAUCAUUCGUGAGGGUCGCUUGGAUACCGAGAUCGAUGAUAUUUUUAAUGUAGUCGGCGAUUGGAUGGAAACUAACGAUCUAUUGCAAGGCUCGACGGUCGGCGAGAAGUAUCGAGUCAAUGGCGACUUGGGUAGGUAUUCAUACCAGUUGACCGAAGAAGAUCUUGCAGACACUAUGUCUCUAUGA